CUUAAGCUCUCAAGCAUAUCUGCAAAAAUAACAGAUGCAGAGAAGAGAGCUUUGUUGCUGAAAUAUUGCAGAUGUUACUGUACGCCUGAGGCAGUAGAAGUAUGACUUGACUGCCAGGGCAUGCCAGCUGAGGUGAGAAAGACAUGCUUUCCCAGGAGGUUUUACUGAAACAACGUGCUGAAAUUCUUCACGCCCUCUGCAGCAGUGGGUCAUCUGAGCAUCUCGAAAGAGUUGUGGAUAUGCUGCUCGCCCAAGGGGAGCUCGGAUGGGAGGAUUAUCAAAAUGUGCUGGUACCAGGAAGGACCCUUUAUUGCAAUGCAAGGCAACUGCUCGACCUGGUUUAUACGAAAGGUGCCGAAAGCUGUGGGCUCUUCUUUGCUGCUGUCAAACAGGUCUUGCCGGAAGCACAGGGAGCUGGUUUAUUCUCUUCAGAAUUCCCUUCCAGUUCAGAUGACAGAGAAAAGCCUCAGAGAACAUUUACCGAGGCACUCUUGACUCAAAGGCCAAGUCUCAUCAGCAAACUCCAAGGCUGCCUUGAUGGUGUUCUGGCAGCUCUUGUGGAAUCAGGUCACUUUUCCUCCUCAGAUUGUGACGGAGUCCAGCUGCCUAUUCACACCCCCUCCCAACAGGCAAGGCGUCUACUUGAUCAUGUCAGAUCCAAAGGAGAGUCGGCAGCUGCUGUCGUCCUGCAGUAUGUUGAGCACACCCAGGAAUCUCGUCCAACCCUGGAGGAGACAUCUCCAACCCUUAACAAAGAGUUUGUAAAGUACCGCAAGAAGCUGAGCCGCUCUGUGUCAGCACAGUCUCGCUUCCUCAGUACUUAUGGAGGGACCAGCCAUAUGCCAUUAGAUGACAUCUACACUGAUCUCCACCUAGAGCUACCGAACAGCAGUGGUGAUGACUACAAAUCCUUUGAUUUUGAGGACAUAUUUGGUCCUGUUGGAACAGUAAAUGAAGAUGCAGACACAGUGCUGGUAUCUGGAGAGGCGGGGAGUGGAAAGAGCACCUGGCUGCAGAGGCUGCACCUUCUCUGGGCUCAAGGAGUUGGCCUUCAGAACUUUGUCCUGCUGUUUCCAUUCAGCUGUCGCAGGUUGAACUCAGAGCAGAGGGAUCUGUCAGUGAAGGAGCUACUUUUUCAGCACUGCUGCUGGCCAGACAGAGAGCAGGAGGAGAUCUUCCAGUUCAUUCUGGAUCACCCUCAUCUUGUCCUCUUUACCUUUGAUGGUCUAGAUGAGCUUAAGCAGAACUUGGUGGAUGAACAUAUAAUUUGCUGCCCCAACCAGCAGGCACCUGUUCAUGUACUAUUAUUCAACUUAAUCCAGGGUUCUCUAAUGAAAGGGGUGAGAAAAGUUGUUACCAGUCGUCCAGAAGCAGUGGGGCCUGGUUUGAAAAAACACUUACAGAAAGAGGUACAUCUGAAAGGCUUCUCACCUUCUGGCAUUAACUGCUUUGUGAGAAAACAUCACAAUGAUCCCAAUGAGGCUGCUAAGGUCUUGGAGUCUCUACAGGCAAACACAGCUUUACUUGGACUUUGCCACAUUCCAGUUCUCUGCUGGAUAGUCUCACAGUGUCACAAGGAGCUGCUUGGAUGUGGAGAGGGAAGUCCUCAAACAGUUACUGAUGUUUACCUGAUGAUCUUACAACACUUUUUCCAGCACCACAGCACCUUUAAGGGAGCUGUUGGGGUAAACUGGCUGCAGCAGAACCUUGGGACAGUCUUGCGUCUUGGCCAGCUCGCCUUAGAGGGAAUAUUAAAUUCCAGUUAUGUCUUUUCAGUCACAGACUUGGAAACAUGCAGCCUCACUGAGUCUGAUAUCUGCAUGGGCUUUCUCAUUCAAACCAAAAACAUGUCCCUGGUCCACAGCAUAUGCUAUGAAUUUCUUCACAUCACAAUGCAAUGCUUCUUUGCCGCUAUCUAUACUAUUUUAUCAAGUAACACUGGCCGCUCAGUUAUCCCUAAGCUCUUUGAACUGCAUGAAAUGAAGAAAAGAAGCCUCAGUAGUGCAUGUUUCUAUCUGCCUUGCGCUAAUGAACAGACUAUUUCAGAGGACCAUUCUACCACAGCAGAAUCCCCAAAUCUGCAAAUCACAGCCACCUUUGCUUCUGGACUCCUGUCCCAGAGGUAUCGAAAGCUCUGGUUUCAUUGCAGUUCAAGUGUUUUGCUGGAGAAGAAGGCCAAACAAGCAGCGAAAUGCCUUUCAAAAGGCAUGCAGCAACAUUUCAAGUCGAUCCCUCAACCUGUGCAGGGGGAGAAGAAGAGUAUGCAUGCUAUGCCAGAAUUUGUCUGGCUCAUUAAAUGCAUCUAUGAGAUGCAGGAGACCAGGAUUGCUAAAGAUGCCAUGAGUAAGUUAGAAGUUGACCACUUGAAACUGACAUACUGUAACAUUGGCCCUGUGGAGUGCACAGCACUUGCUUUUGUGCUCCAACACCUAAAGAAUCCUGUAGGAAUCCAGCUGGACAACAACUCCGUGGGCGAUGUUGGAGUGGAGCAGCUUCUUCCCUGCAUGCACGUUUGUAACUCUUUGUACCUCAGAAAUAAUAACAUUACCGACGAGAGCAUCCGCAAAUUGAUCGAUAAAGUCAUCCACCUUGACAACUUCCGGAAAAUUGCGCUCUUCAACAACAGGCUAACUGACGCUUGCACACAGCAUUUUUCUUACCUGCUAAAGACCAAACAAAAUUUCCUGUCCUUAAGGCUGGGUAACAACAAUAUUACAGCAGAGGGAGCAAAGCAGCUGGCCGAAGGACUGAAAUUCAAUAAUUCACUGCAGUAUUUAGGGCUAUGGGGCAAUAAGAUAGGAGAUGAAGGAGCCAAGGCCCUUGCAAGUGCUUUACAGAACAGCAAUUCCAUUGUCUGGAUCAGCCUUGUAGGCAAUGGUGUUGGAAGUGCAGGGGCCAUUGCCCUCUCUAACAUCAUCAGGAACAGCACAUCGCUGGAGGAGCUCUGGUUGACUGAGAACUGCAUAACCAGAACAGGAGUGGAGUCUCUGACUCAAGCUUUGAAACACAAUGAUCAUGUCAAGUCAGUAUGGUUGAAAAAUAAUGACCUCAGUUCAGCAGAGGUUGAAGAACUGCAGAAGACUGAAUCAAGACUGGUUUUCUGAGUUUGAUAUCCUGUCACUCUGGGAAAUAGCUUUUUGCAUUGUUGUAACAA